AGCCAAUAGAAUCUCCUAGUAAAUUUGGUCUACAAGCGGCCACCAAUGAGAAUCAGUCUAACGUCACUCGCAAAGAAGGGCCUGAUAUUUGCAUACAGACCUUUUCUAAUGCAGACGCGCGAAUUAAGCGGGACUAUUUGUUUCACCGUCUCUAAGAAUGCCUGAGCCCUCGAAGUCUGCGCCCAAGAAGGGUUCGAAGAAAGCUGUCGCUAAAACCGCUGCGAAAGGAGGGAAGAAGCGCAGAAAGUCCAGGAAGGAGAGCUAUGCUAUCUACGUGUACAAGGUGUUGAAGCAAGUGCAUCCUGACACCGGCAUUUCAUCCAAGGCCAUGGGCAUCAUGAACUCCUUUGUGAACGAUAUUUUUGAGCGCAUCGCUGGUGAGUCUUCACGUCUGGCUCACUACAAUAAGCGUUCUACCAUCAGCUCGAGGGAGAUCCAGACUGCAGUGCGCCUUCUGCUGCCAGGAGAGCUGGCCAAACAUGCAGUGUCUGAGGGCACCAAGGCCGUCACAAAGUACACCAGCUCCAAGUAACAUGUGAUGCAGCAUGUCAAACCAAAGGCUCUUUUAAGAGCUACCCACGCUAUUUAAAAAGGCACAAAACCCAUUGUCUGGAUUCCUCUUGUCGAAGUCAUUUGUAUCCAAAUGAAAGCUUUGUUAACGAUGAAGAGCUGAAAUGUAAGUGGCAUUUAUUAGCCUUAUUAUUUCACAAUUUCUUAGUGGUAUUUGGGCAAGAUGUAAAUAAAAUCCCUCAUUUCAA